AUUAUUUAAGUAACUAGUAUGAAACUCCAUUUGGUUUUAGACGAGUAAUCAACUCGAAUCUAUGGCAUUAUGUUCAUGUCAGAGGUGUCAAAGUGUCGUGACGUGAAACUGACGAUAAGUUGGGUUUAUUUAUAAAAACACUUUACAUAAUAAACAGACACCUUCCUCUACACUUAAUAAGUGCGAUAUGUAACGCAAUACCUUUUAUGUUAUAUCAGUAUUUUGUUUACCAAGUAGUAAAAUGGUACGCCGCCUCGGCAAAAUAAAAAAUGAAGUUUACAGCAAUGCCACGGAUACCAAAUCAGAUAAGACAGCACCCAAUAUAUCUUACUUUACUUUGUACAGAUUUGCCACAAAAUGGGACAUGCUACUGAUAGCUUUGGCUUUAUUAGCUACUAUAAUUGCGGGGAUUACCCUCCCGUAUGCUAUAACUCUCGUAGCCAACGUGUUCCAGACCAUGAUAUCCUACUCCAAGUUAGCUCAGGCUGGCACGCAGGAUGAUGAAGAGUUUCUACGGUCGAUGCACGCCUUUGGCAUCCAUUAUUCCUGCGUGGGAGUCGUUUUAUUUCUGGGUGGAUAUCUGGGAACAGCGCUCAUGAAAAUCACGGCAUUAAAUCAGAUUUUUAAAUUGAGGCAAGAAUAUUUGAAGUCGGCGUUGAAUCAAGAUUUUGCAUAUUUUGAUUUGUAUCAAACUGGCGAUUUUUCGUCAAAAAUGGCUGAUGACGUGAUCAAAGUCGAAGAGGGCAUAGGUGAUAAGGUGGCCGCCUUCGCGUACAGUUUCACCAUAGCCGUGGGUUGCGUGGUGAUGUCCAUGCUCAAGGGCUGGAAGCUGGCUCUGCUGUGCCUCACCACGACACCCGUUACCUUCUUACUGGUGGGCCUUACUGGCAUGAUAGGCAAUCGUCUCGGCAAAAAAGAAGCGAUGGAGACAGGGCGAGCUAGUGCAGUAGCGGAAGAAGUAUUGGGAUCGAUUCGCACUGUUUACGCAUUCAGUGGCCAGAAGAAAGAGCUCGAGCGCUACCGUCAGCCUCUCGCAGAGGCUCGCCGCAUCAACAUCAAGAAAGAGUUCUUCACUGGCCUUUCGAUGGGAUUGUUAUUUUUCUGUGUAUUCUGUUCGUACGCAUUGUCUUUCUACUUUGGCAUAUACCUCGUCAUUAACGAUCCGAAAAAUUACAAUGCUGAUGUCAUGUUUUCCGUGUUUUUCGGGAUAAUGACGGCGCUAGGAAACUUUGGAAUGGUGGGAUCUUUGAUGUCUACGUUUGGAUCAGCUCGCGGAGCGGGUGCGCAAAUAUUUCGGCUCUUGGACAAUGUUCCCACAAUUAAUCCUCUUCAACAAAGUGGGAUCACACUGGACCAGGUCGAAGGAAAUGUGGAGUUGAAUAAUGUGGUGUUCCACUAUCCAUCUCGCCCUGAAGUGCCCGUGUUGAGGGGUGUGAAUUUGAGCGUAUCUCGAGGACAAUCGGUAGCUCUGGUGGGCCACUCCGGGUGCGGGAAAUCUACCAUCAUUCAGCUCAUAUCUCGCUACUAUGACGUCAUCGACGGCAGCGUGUCUAUUGAUGGGAAUGAUGUGCGUAAGUUGUCAGUGCAGUGGUUACGAAGGCAGAUUGGCCUCGUAGGUCAGGAGCCUGUUCUGUUCAACUCCACUGUACGUGAAAAUAUCCGCUAUGGGCGGGAGAGCGCUACUGAUGACGAAAUCGAAAUCGUGGCGAGGCAGGCGUAUGCGCACGCGUUUAUCAUGAACCUGCCCAAGGGUUAUGACACACUCGUUGGUGAAAGAGGUGCAUCCCUUUCUGGGGGUCAAAAACAACGAAUAGCAAUAGCGCGCGCACUGAUCCGGAAUCCGAAGAUACUCCUUCUGGAUGAAGCCACCAGCGCUCUGGAUACUUCUUCAGAAGCAAAAGUGCAGAAGGCUCUUGAUAAGGCAGCUGAAGGCAGAACAACCAUAAUAGUAGCGCACAGACUGUCAACGAUUCGAAACGCGAACGUCAUAUACGUGAUGAAGGAAGGCCAGGUGGUUGAAAAGGGAAGCCACGAAGAACUGAUGGCGAUGAAAGGUCAUUACAGCGAGAUGGUCUCUUUACAAGAGCGAUACGAACUUGGCGGUACCGAAGAUUCUCUUCCUGUUCGCGAAGAAUCAAUUAUUUCUGAGCAGAGUUUAGAAGAUGCAUCAAUACCAGAUUUAUUAGAAGAGGACAAAAAGGCUGAGGCACCUAAACUGUCAUUUUGGCGCGUAGUCCGCCUCAAUGCUCCGGAGUGGAAGUCCAUCACCCUCGGAAGCGUCUCCUCCAUCAUCAUUGGCUUCUCAAUGCCUUUGUUCAUUGUGGUCUUUGGAGAUCUUUUUGGAGCAAUGUCCAAUCCCGAACCUAGCCAAUUGAUGGAAAAAGUUAAUGGAGUAGCCAUUGUUUGCAUUAUUAUAGGAAUAGUAAUGGGAGUUUCAAACUUGGUUGAAUCAACCACAUUCGGGGUGGCGGGCGCUUAUCUGACAGAGAGGCUGCGCGUCCGCAUGUUUGAGCACAUGUUAAGGCAGCACGUGGCGUACUUUGACGAGAGAGCCAACUCCACGGGCGCGCUAUGUGCCCGGCUCUCGGGCGAGGCGGCUUAUGUGCAGGGAGCAACUGGCCAGCGCAUAGGAGUAUGCCUCCAAGGCGUGGGCUCCAUAGGGCUGGCGGUGGUACUGGCCAUGCUUUUCGAAUGGCGGGUCGGGCUCGUGGCUCUCUCGUUCCUGCCCAUCAUCUCUGUGGUCAUCUAUUACCAGGGGAAGGCCACGGGCGAAGAGGCCAUAGGUCACGUGAAGACCCUUGAAAGCAGCACUAUGAUAGCAAUCGAGGCGGUGUCAAACGUUCGGACCGUGGCGUCCUUAGGGCGAGAGCAGCGGAUAAUUUCGGAGUACGUCGCAUUGCUGCAGCCGGCCUUAGCGCCCGCUCGGCGCUCGGCGCACUGUCGCGGGCUUGUGGCCGGCCUGUCGCGGUCCAUGUUCAACAUUGUCAACGCUGCGGCGCUGACCUACGGCGGGCACCUCAUCGUGUCUGAUGGGGUUGCUUGCGAACACAUUCUUAUUACAACACAAUCGUUGCAAAUGGCGUCGGGCCAGGCGCAGAACGCGUUCACAUUCGCCCCAGACUUCCAGCGCGGGAUCGACGCCGCCUCCAGGAUCAUACAGUUCCUCAACACGGAGUCGAAAAUUGCGGAUCCUGCUGCGCCCGCUAUUACUGAUUUUAAAGCGACUGGAGAGGCUAGUUUCAAAGGAGUAGAGUUCAAAUAUCCUACCAGACCUAACGUGAGAGUACUACGAGGACUGGAUUUACAUGUGGAACGCGGGACAACUGUUGCCAUAGUGGGCAGAAGCGGCUGCGGCAAGAGCACCGUUGUGCAACUGUUGCAGCGCUUCUAUGACCCGGAUGCAGGAGUGGUUGCUUUAGAUGGAGUCUCCCUCCCGAACCUGCGCGUAGACGAAGUUCGAGCGAGUCUCGGAUUAGUUUCCCAAGAGCCGGUCCUCUUCGAUCGCUCCAUAGCAGAGAACAUUGCGUACGGCGACAACUCGAGAACGCCCGCGCAGCACGAAAUCGUUGACGCAGCUAAGCAGGCGAAUAUACACAGCUUCAUUGUGUCUUUGCCACAGGGCUACGACACUAACAUCGGCUCAAAAGGCACCCAGCUAUCAGGGGGACAGAAGCAAAGGGUGGCGAUCGCCAGGGCGUUGAUACGACGUCCCAAGAUACUGCUGCUCGAUGAGGCGACCAGCGCUCUAGACAGCGAGAGUGAGAAGAUUGUGCAAGAGGCACUUGAUGCGGCGAGCGCCGGGCGCACGUGCGUGACGAUCGCGCAUCGGCUGAGCACGGUGCGGCGCGCGGCGCUGGUAUGCGCUUUGGCUCGAGGCCGCGUAGCCGAGAGCGGCUCGCACGCGCGCCUCAUGGCUCGCCGCGGCCUCUACUACAGCCUGCACGCUGAAGCGCAGGACCACUGAGCCACCGACCCACUGAGCUACUGACCGACCAACCGAGCUACCUAGAGAUCUAUAAUAAAAUAACAUAAUUCAUUUCAGAA